GGUCAUCUAUUGUCCUUCGUUGGCAAGGCUGUGCUGACUCAAUCUGGGACUCAAGGACAUGUGCGACCUCUAUCAGAUGUCCAACAUACGACACAGGCAGAGGUUAUAGCCUCUCAUCCCUACAUGGUCUAUCAGAACCCAAUGGUGACAGCACCUAUGGUUCAGACUUCAUAUCCACCAAGGUUUGAUCCGUUGGGAUUAGGCCCGAAACCUCCAGAGGGGCUACCUCUGAAUCUACCAGUGUCCCCUCAUCAUCGCCUGGGCAUCGUCGAACCUAUCCAGCAGCAGUCUCUGGCUAGCAGUCCAAUCAAAUCGAUCAGGGUCGGAGAUGAAGCUACGAUGGUGGCCUAUUAUGAAUCAGCAUUCCAUGCUUUGCAGCAAACGAAUUGUCGGAUGAUCGCGAAAGCGUUCAUUAAAGUCGUCGAACCUAGGAAACAAGCGAAAUACCCGUACAAUGGAGGAAAAGGGCCGGAUGGAAAGAAAGGGGACCCGGAAAAGACAAAGCCUGCUUGGUGGCCUACAAAAGUCACCCACCGAGAACCAGACCAUCUGAAGAAGCCAGAACGAGUUCGAUUACUUAUUCAUCUUCUGCGAGGCCUGGACAAGCGACGCGGCAUCACGGUCGAUCAACUGGAGGAUGCAGGCCGCAGCAUUAGGCGGCGAAUAAAGCCUGCCGAUCGUCUGGAUGUUCUGGCCGAAGUCUACCGUGUGAGAAGGGUAGAAGAACGCUACGAGAACGGAGAGAUCGAUGGUAACACGGAAAUCUACGUUGUCGACCGAGGCUGGAAGACGAGCAACGACGAGGAAAACCGCUCACCAACCCCUACUCUACAAUCAGAAAACACACAGAACUCGCCUACAUCCGAUUCGUACCCUAGAAGCGUUCCCAAUAGCACACCUGUGACUACCGAAAGCACUCUAUACCGUGAAAAUGUUGGGCCUGUUCAAGCGCCCAUUCACCCACCAGUCCAGCCGCCUAUCCAGGACCAGCAUAGUCCAGCAGCCUACAUGCACCAUUACAGCCAUAACAUGCCCCCCCGAUAUCGAUGAGAGUCACAGUUCGAGCGGGCGGCCAUUUCGUCUAGCGGGAACACGAUUAGUUUCCGUCAGAUGACGAGUAUUGCUCGCCAUAUUGUUUCGCACCGGGCAUAGUUGAACCCCCUUUCGCUUCUAUUGUCUCAGGUGUCUUAUCAUGUCAGCUUUAUGUUUAUAUUUAUCAUGCAUUAUAUUAUUAGGGUCACUUAUUCCAUUGAAUAAUUAGGGAAGGGUUCGGGAAAGCGUUUCGGGAGCGAAGGCUCGGAAGUCCUGGAGUAUUUUGGUCGAGAUGAAUACGAUUGAGUUUGGGUUCUUGAUAAUGAUAUGAAGGCGCUAUGUGUGCUGUUAUUUCUUAUUUCCUGAUCCUUUUUUUGUGCGUUCGAA